AUGACAGACAACCCACUUUUCGAGGAAGAAGCUGUGGACGAGUUACAAGAUGUUGAUGACCUCGAGGAUUUGGAGGGAAAAACCCCGGAUUUGGAGGGUUUGGAGGGUUUGAAGAAGAGCGGCAUAAAGUUUACCCCGUUCAAGCUCGAGAGUAAUGAGCUUCCGGUGUGGAAGCCGAGUGAUGUUUUUAAGCAUAGGGAUUUCUUCUAUGACGUGUUGAGACAGUACGCAAUAAUGACCAGAAGGCGGAUGCACGUGAAAAGAAAUGACGGCGACAAGCUUCGAGCCAUUUGUAAAGGGCAAGGGUGUGAGUGGUAUGUAUACUUGAGGAAGCACGAAAUACACAAUGGUCAUGAUUACGUUGUGAUGAAUAUGCAACGCGAUCACGCGCACACAUGCUCUCAAGUGUUGGAUUCGAAGUGGCUGACGGCAAAGUGGCUAGGUGAGCGUUAUAUGGAGAAGAUCAAAGUCAACCCUCACAUUCCACUUGCAGCUAUACGGCAGUGUGUCGAUAAAGAUUUUGGCCUGAAGAUAGGUAGGAUGAAGGCAUAUCGGGCCAGAGAGCACGCACUGGACGACAUAUUCGGCUCUGCGGCAACCCAAUACAGAAACUUGUUCUACUACAAAGCCGAAUUGGAGCGGACACACCCUGAUUCCAGCAUUCAUAUACAUUAUGAGAAUACGAGGGAUUCUGGCGCCGUGGGCCCGAGAUUCCUGAGGUUCUACUGCUGCCUAGGACCAUUGAAAAAGGGAUGGAUGCAAUUAUGUCGGCCAAUUAUCUUCUUCGAAGCUUGUUUCUUGCGAGGGAUGUACAGAGGACAACUCAUGACAGCAAUGGGGAUUGAUCCCAACAAUGGCUGGUGGCCGAUUGCUUGGGCUGUGACUGAAGCCGAGAGUUAUAUCCAGUGGAAGUGGUUCGUGGAGUACUUGUCUGAUGACCUAAACUUGCAUGCAAAUGGGCCACGAUAUGUGUUUAUGUCUGACCAACAAAAGGGGCUUGCAAAAUUGAUUGCUGAGGAAUUCCCACAAAGCGAGCAUCGCUUUUGUGUGCAGCACAUAUACAACAAUUUCAAGAAGAGAUUUGUUGGAGAAAAUUUCAAAGAACGUUUGUGGGAGAUUGCCUCGAGUACCACCAUCGAACAUUAUGUGGACAAGAUGGAUGCUUUGCAGACAGAGUAUCCCCAAGCACAUCAGUGGCUUUCUGGAGUUGCUCCCAAAGAAAACUGGGUUAAGGCAUUUUUCUCUCCACACACUUGUUGUGAUGUGCUCCUGAACAACAUUUGUGAGACAUUCAAUUCGAAGAUUACAUUGGCUCGAGAGAAAGCAAUUAUCAGCAUGUUGGGGGAGAUUCGAAUAAGUCAAAUGGAAAGAAUUCAGAUCAGAGGCCAGUGGAUCAAAAGUUACGAUCACGCGGUCCCUCCUGUUAUCAAGGAGAUUGUUGACAAGUGGUACGCGAGGGCGUCAUCGUGGAGGGCUACAUGGAACGGACAGUCUUCGUACCAAGUAACUGGGCCGUCUGGCCAAUAUGUAGUCAACAUGCGUGAUUUCACAUGCUCCUGCAGAUUGUGGCAGCUAACCGGAAUCCCAUGCACGCAUGCUAUCACAACAAUCAACAAGAAUGGCGGCGACGUGACGCGAUUCGUCUCUCGAUAUUAUUUGAAGUCCACAAUGAUCAUGCUGUACGAGAAUGUCCUUUACCCCAUCAAUGGGGUGGACAAUUGGCCCAAGUCUACUUGUGCUGGUGCGUUGGAACUGGUGCCCCCGCGGACAAAGCGACAGCAUGGUAGGCCGAAGAAACGGAGACGUGAGGAGCCCCAGAUUCUUCUUCAUGCGGACGGAGGUGAGUCAUUGCGUCGCACCUUCGUGAUGAAAUGUCGUCGAUGCGGUCAAGAAGGUCAUAAUAGGAGGACAUGCAGCAAUGAUCCUCGGACAGAUGCCCGUUCUCAGGUUGGGGAGACUUCGCAGCCCAACGGGUCGCGUGAACGUGGUGAGAGUACUUUGCCAGAAUCGUCAAAUAGUUGCCGAGAGCCUAAUGUUUCGAAUCCGGGACCAAGCACUCGGACCAGGACUCAGCCUCAGAGAUGCGGCCGCCGCGGUGAUCAAGAUUGA